AUGCGCCGAGCCCUCAGCCUCGCCGCGGUGCUCGCGGCGCGGCGCUCGCGGGCGCUGUCGCUGUCGCGCGGACCCGUGACGAUCCGCGUCGCCGACGAGGCGCGCAUGGAGCAGCUCGGCGCGGCCUUUGGCGCCCACGCGGCGCCGGGCAAGACCAUCUGCCUCUCCGGCGACCUCGGCGCGGGCAAGACCGUCUUCUCGCGGGGCUUCGUCCGCGCGGCCGCCGGCGACGCGCGGCUCCGCGUGACGUCGCCGACGUACCUGCUCGACAACGCCUACGACGACCGCGACGGCCUUCCGGAGGGCCUCGUCGUCCGCCACAUGGACCUCUACCGCCUCGCCGCCGUCGAGGCGUCCGCGCCGGUCUACAUGCUCGACCUGCCGGACGCGCUCGCCACCGCCUGCUGCCUCAUCGAGUGGCCCGACCGCCUCGGCGCGCUC